AUGGGAGGCAAGGAGCACAUGGAAUGGUCCAGUUGCCUCUACAAUGAGUCAGUAAGUGUUGAGUAUGAGGGGACAUGUUGUCCCUCCUCCUCCUGCUCUUCAUCCAGCUCUGCUGUCUGUGGCACUGAUAGACAGACAUACCAAUGUCUUAAUGCUUUGUCUUACUGGAAUUGCCGCAAUGGAACUAGUGUCAAAGUUGCUUAUUAUGAUAAAUGCAACCCUGUGAUCACAGCUAUGGUUGCCAAGGCCUGUGCUGACUAUAAGGCUAACAAUUGCUCAGUUAGCUCCCGCUUCUGUGCCAACAAUGGGAAUACAUAUAAUGGAUGUUCUCUUGUUCAAGCUCAGUGUAGAAAAGCUAAUGGCUACCCUAAAGUCAAGUAUGCAGGAUCCUGCAGCUGGAUUGAUUCUAUCAUUGGGUAA